AGGCAGAUUUUUCUUUUCUCUUCUUUUUCUUUCUUGUAUGUGACAAAUUUUCUGAGUUGUUUGCUCUGUAAAUCUAACUCCUUGUUGGGUUUGUUGCAUUUUGUUCUUCCUCAGGGUGAAAAUACAUUAAACAGGUAAAGAAAACAAAUGGAAGAACCAAAAGACAGAAAGGAAUAAGAAUUCUGAAGUUAUGGAGCCAUCCCAAAUGUUUGGAGUUUCAGAAGAAUGUCACAGCAGUGAAUCUGGUUGGACUAUGUAUAUUGGAUCCCCUGCUGCUGCUGCUGCUGAUGGUUCCAGUGAUGUUGAUACUGGUGCAGCUUCUGAUGAAGAAGAAGAUGAAGAACACAAAGGCUAUUAUGAUAUUAACCAAGAUGACAGCGAUGACUCCAUGGCUUCUGAUGCUUCUUCAGGCCCAAGUCAUCAACAAAGACGCCAUCCAUUUGGAGGGAUGAAGAAUCCCCCCCAUGCUUUGCUGCCUCUCUUCACCCACCAGAACAAGCCAAACUCAUGCUUAGAAACCAAACCCAAACCCAAACCCAAGAAGCCAUUAAAGAAGAAGCAAAGAGCUGAAAGAAAAGAAGUGAAAGAGCCAAAGAGCUCAGUUCAGAGCAGCUCCAAGGCAAGAAAGAGCAUCUGGAUGGGUAAAAGAAACUAAGGGGAAGAAGCACAGUUCUUCAUUUCAUUGGGUAUUUCAUUUAUGUUUGUUCCUAUGUUUUCCUCUACUUAUGUUCUGUGGUUCCUGUUCUUUUUGUGUAACAAGCAGCCAUUUAUUUACAACAAUCCAGACAAACAAACUACAGUGAUCCAUAUGAGCUUCACAUUAGCCAUUAAUGGAUGUUUUUCCUUACAGAAACUGAGCUUCUAAAGAACACAUAAAUGG